GCUGGGUGGGCGGUCCAGACCGAGGACAGCGACUACCUUCUGGCCUCCCAGCCGGGUACGGCGUCCGCCACCAUGUCCCUGGUAGCCUCUGCGGGCCGGGGCCCGGGGACCAUGUGGUCCCCUACACACGUGCAGGUGACGGUGCUACAGGCGCGGGGUCUGCGGGCCAAGGGUCCCGGGGGCACGAGCGACGCGUACGCGGUGAUCCAGGUGGGCAAGGAGAAGUACGCCACGUCCGUGUCGGAGCGCAGCCUGGGCGCGCCCGUGUGGCGCGAGGAAGCCACCUUCGAGCUGCCGCCGCUGCUGUCCUCCGGGGCCGCGCCCGCCGCCGCCGCCGCCACCCUGCAGCUCACUGUCCUGCACCGCGCGCUGCUCGGUCUCGAUAAGUUCCUGGGCCGCGCCGAGGUGGACCUGCGAGAGCUGCACCGGGACCAGGGCCGCAGGAAGAAGCAAUGGUACACCUUGAAGUCCAAACCUGGAAAGAAGGACAAAGAGAGAGGAGAAAUCGAGGUCGACAUCCAGUUUAUGAGAAACAACAUGACGGCUAGCAUGUUUGACCUCUCCAUGAAAGAUAAGUCCCGGAAUCCAUUUGGAAAACUGAAGGACAAGAUCAAAGGGAAGAAUAAGGACAGUGCCUCGGAUACCGCCUCCGCCAUUGUCCCCAGCACAACACCCUCCGUCGACAGUGACGAUGAGUCCUUCUCGAAAGACAAGAAAAAGAAAUCGAAGAUCAAGACUUUGUUUUCCAAGUCGAGUCUGCAGAAGACGCCGCUCUCCCAGUCCAUGUCUGUCCUGCCCACGGCCAAGCCAGACAAAGUCCUGCUGCGGGCCGGAGACUUCCAGUCCCGGUGGGACGAUGACGACAAUGAGGAUGAGUCCUCCUCCGCCUCGGAUGUCAUGUCCCACAAGCGAACAUCCAGUACAGACCAUACACAGUUGAACCAGUCCAACUUCAGCCUUCCCAAGAAAGAAGGACUCUCCUUCCUCGGGGGCCUCCGGUCCAAGAAUGACUCUCUUUCCCGAUCUAACGUCUGUAUCAACGGGAACCAUGUUUACAUGGAGGAGUCAGAGGCCAAGAGCGAGAUCAGAGAGAGCAGCCCUUCUAAUUCCCCAUCUCCGCAGGGCUUCAGGAAGAAGCAUUUAUUCUCAUCCACUGAAAACUUGGCUGCCCGGUCUCCUAAGGAACCAGGGGAAGGAGGUGGCAUGUCCUCUGACAGGCGACUGUCUGACUCCCACACCAAGGACUCCAUGAAGUCUAUGUCUUUGCCAUCCUACCGGCCUCUGACCAGUGGGGACAGUAGAGAGAGCGUGUCUCCAGCAAACAUGGAGGCUGCCAAAGAAACAAAAGACAGCAAGAAGCAGGAGAGCAAGAAGUCCUCUUUACUUUCUCUGGUAACAGGAAAGAAAGAUGUGGCUAAAGGCAGUGAAGGCGAACAUCUUCCCACUGUCUCAGAGAAAGAGAAGGAAAAGAAAGGUGCACUUGUGGAAGCCCAUGUGAGGGAGGAAGACCUCGUGAGAAGACCUGAGAAAGAUGCCACUCUACCCGUUGCCUCCCAGUGGGGCAGCUCCCCGAACCCCUUUGAGGAUGUGCAGAUCUCAGACCGGGAAGCCAGCCCAGAGUCCAAGUCUGAACUGAAACCACCAGUUCCUGCUGCAAGGGCUCCCCAGACCAAAGCUGUGAAGCCUAGACCGGCAGUUUCUCCGGAGGCUCAGCCCAAAGCCAGGCUUCCUUCCCCCGACUCUGCUCACUUUGCCCCUUUUCCCUCUUGCUCUACUCAGGCUCCUGUCCUUUCCGACUUGAGAUGUGACUCGGAGACACAGUUCUCUGAAAGUCCUUCUGCCUCCUCUUUCUCGUCUCCCUUAGCAGCUCCUCUUUCCACAUCCACUCCAAUUGAACACUGGCCCACAGGCAAGGGUGAGGCCGAUGCUGAAGAAGCUCCUUUGCUCCUCAGAGCAGUCUCUAGCUUAACACCAGCUGCAAACGUUGACUCUUCUGCCUCCGGAUCACCCUGUGAACAACUUCCUACACCUGCGCGGAAGGGGACGGAAGAGUCUUCAGGGGACAAGGCCAGAGAGACAGGCACAGGGAAGGAAGCCAGCAGUGAUGAGUCAGAAAAGACCCUUAUGGGGCAGCAUGAAGAACUUGUGAAGAUGCCUUUCCCAGAGCAGCACUGGGCCCCCUCACCUCACGAGGCCCCAGGAGCGCCCUCAGUGCUUUCCAUCAGCGGUGGCAGAGUCAUAAGCCUUGCUGAGAGGUCUCCCACAGAGUUUGGGUCUUCUGUGGAGAAUGUUCACGAUGAUGGAAUGACCACUGCAGUCGAAGAAGCAAUGCCCCCUCUUCAAGAGGAAGAGGCGCCCUCCUCCUUUCACCACAUAGCGCAGAAACAUGAGGGGAUGCAUCAGAAUGCCAGCGGAGGGCCAAAGAAGGCCAAGAAGCGCGUGUCUUUUUCUGAACAGCUCUUUGUGGAAGAAGAAACAGAAGGAUCCACUGAGCUCGAAGAGGAGGACAGAGGUCAUCCCCAGCAGCUGACACAGGAAGGGCCUGUUGCUGGAAACAUGCCCCAUGCAGGGUCCCCAGAGUUUCCCCAUAGAGAAGGCACAGGACAGGAACCCGUGACCACAGAAGCUCAGCCCGCCAUCCCUUCUGAAAGCGAGAGUCUCUCGGAAGGCCCAACAAGUGAAGCCAGCCCAGCAAGAGGUACCCAGCUUUUGAGGGAUGCGGAGAAGGAUGACCUCAUGGCUCCCUGUCAGAGCAAAGCCAGCGAUCAUGAAGGCCUGCUCUCUAACCCCCUGAGUGACCUUCCGUCUGCCUCGGAUUUGAAGUCUCCUAUCAUGGCUGAUCUGAGCUUGUCUCUUCCGUCCAUUCCUGAAGUGGCAUCGGAUGAUGAAAGAGUCGAUGAGGCUGGAGAUGGAGGAAAGGCAGAGAGGCUGGUUGAUCUAGAAGCGGGAGUUCUACCCUUGAACGGGACACCUUCCAUUCUGGAUAUGGCAGGGGAGGCUAGUGGCGGGGCACAUGAGUCAGAGCCCGUGGAGAAUCAGUGUGACUUCAGGCCCCAAACUCCCUCGAGUGUGAAUGAAGAGCUACCAGGCCCUGGUACUGUCGAGGAGGAGAAGCUGAUGGGAAGUGGGAAGCCAGGUUCACCUCUGUGCGUAUCCCAGGACUCUCCUGUGCCCAGCUCCUCACUCGCUGAGACCUUCCCCACCACGGCACACUCUUUCCCCAGUUCUCCAUCUUCCGACAGUCACCACACCAGUGUAGCAGAAUCUCAAAAACAAGCCACAGCAGACGUCUCUGCUAGUAAAGUUGAGAACCUUGGCAAGAAGAAGCCAAUCCUACAAGCCUGGGUCACACCCUCAGAGAUACAUCCAGCCCCAGCUCAGCCAAGUGUGGGAGCUGGGGCAGCCAAGCACAGGCCUCACCCCGUGAAGCCGAUGAGCACAACAGCCACCAAGAUCGCAAACUCUAGUUUUGGAACAGCCACCAUCAUCAGUGAGAACCUGAUCAACGAGGCCCUCAUGAAGAAAUACCAGCCCUCGGAUCCUGCCUUUGCCUAUGCACAGCUGACCCACGAUGAGCUGAUCCAGCUGGUCCUCAAACAGAAGGAAACCAUCAGCAAGAAGGAGUUUCAGGUGCGGGAGCUGGAGGAUUACAUCGACAACCUCCUAGUCAGAGUCAUGGAGGAGACCCCCAACAUCCUCCGAGUGCCUGCGCAGAUGGGCAAGAAGGCUGGAAAGAUGUGAACUGCAGGAAGGAGGUGUGGUCUGCCUAGUAACCGGCACGCAGGCUCUGAUGGCCUGCUGUGUGCAUCGCAUCGUCUGUCAAGAGUUAACUCUCCUUGUUGAAACCAGAUUAAUUAUUACAGUGAAUCUUUUACUGUACAUUUCCCAGCGUCUUGGUUUUAAAUGCCACUGUGCCUUUGACUACAUUUGUACAUGUCAGAUUUGAUCCGAUGGAUUUUAACACCGGGUUGUUCCCUUUGAUACUGAGAUCUUCAGGUGUGGACCCUCCAUGCAGGCAGGCUUAGGGUGAGAUGAGAAAGGGACUUUGGGGUGUGUGCCGCUUCACCCGCUUUCUUGCCCUUUGAGCCGCUCCGGUGAGGCAGAUGCUCAAUUUUUAAUUCAGGUAAAUGCCCAGGCUCAAGGGUUGUUUUGGUGAGGGUUGGUUUGGGAGGCAUUGUUCUGUUUUCAAUGUGGGGUGUUAGGUAGCCUGGGCUGCUCUUGAACUCACUGUGAACUGAGACUAGCCUUAGAAUAGCCUUAGAAUUCUGAUCUUCCUGCCCCCACUUCCCAAAUUCUGGGAUUACAGCCAUGUUUGAUGCCUUCUGGUUGGAGCACAGUUGUUUAUAGAAAGCCUCUGAGCAUGCUUCUUGGAUUUUGAAUAUGCCUUUUACAAUUCCCACUACCCUCUAGCCUUAAAAAAAAUAAGCUCUUUGUGGGUGAGGAGAUCUAGCUCAGUGGGCAAUGUGCUUGCACUACAAGCCUGAGGGUCUGCGUCUGGAGACUUAGCAUCCAUGCAAAAGCCAGGAGUCGUGGCAUGUGCCUGGGGAGGGGUCGGGCUGGGGGAGGGCAGAGCCAGGCAGAUCUCAAGGGAUCAUUGGAAACUCGAGGUUCGGUAAGAGAACCUGUCUUAAACAAUAAAAUGGAAAGCUACCAUAGGCCUCUGCCCUUUGUGUGGUCUCACACACACACACACACACACACACACACACACACACUGCUCUUUAGAUCUAUAGGGCCAUUUCCUGGAGACAUGAAAGAACUAAAGAGUCACUUUUCAGGCUAGAGCGAUGGUCUAGUGGUUAAGAGCACUGGCUAUUCUUCCAGAGGACCUGGGUUCAAUUCCCAGCAACCACAUGGUAGCUCACAAUUGUCUGUAAUUCCUGUUCAAGGGAACCUGACACUGUCACACAGGCAUACAUGCAGACACAGUAUCAAUACACAUAAAAUUAAAUUAAAAGAGUCAGUGUCUAAGUAGGAAAAAUUGGUCAGAGUCUCUCCUCUCGGGAUACUGAGGUUCCUAUUGCCGGGUUGGCCUUUCCAGUGCCUGAAGAGAGGGCUGGGUGUUCCAGACUCUUUCUACAACAGCUCUGUGAGGUAGAGAAUGAUUUUAGGGUCUUUUGGCCAUUUCCUUCUUUCGCUGGCUUUCCCGGUAGCAUUCCUGGAAGGAAGUAGCCAGAGUCCACUGAUUCCUCAGGAUGAGGGAGUCAGGGCUAGGGCUGGGUCAGUGCUCAGUGGUAGAGCACCCCGCCCACACUUGAGUGAUGAGGGACAGUUGUGAAGAGCUACAGGAUGCCAUGUGCUGCUUUACUGCUACUUCCUGCGUUGGGGAGUUUUGUUGCUGCUAUUUUGAGACGGGAUCUCACUGGCUUCAAAGUUUUUAUCCCCCCCACCUCAGUUUUCCAAAUUUCCAAAUACUGGAAUUACAGGUAUGUGUCACCAUGCCUAGUAGAUCAAUA